AUGCUCUCCAAAACCCGACCAAUCUCCUCCUAUAUGCGCACCCGCAAGCCCGCUCUCACACCCAGCACGCACCCAGCAACCCACCUCCAAUCCCAAUCAAUCUCCAGCCUCAAAGUCGUCUGGCGCAAGGACCAGAAGCUCGACCGGGCAAUCGAAAACGACAAGCCGUACAAGCUCUGAGCCCGCGUCGUCAAGGAGGUGCACAACGAACCGGGUCGGGUGAUCCCGCUCCGGUACGUCGAAAAACGGCGCGAAAGGCUGCGGCUCAACAUCAAAGUCAAGACCUUUCUUAGCAGAAACCCAGGUUUGUUCGAUGUUUACUAUGAUAGAAUUAAACCCAAAUCGGAACCGGCUCAGUUUCUUCGAUUUAGCGAUAGAUUAAGGAUGUUUCUGCAGGAGGAAGAGAGGAUUUUUAAGGAAAAUGAGCCGUUGAUUGUGUCUAAAUUGUGUAAAUUGCUGAUGAUGUGCAAGGAUAGGGUUGUUAGUGUUGAUAAAUUGGUUCAUGUGAAGAGGGAAUUCGGGUUUCCGAACGAUUUCUUGGUUAGCUUGGUGCCCAAGUAUCCGCAGUAUUUUCGGAUACUUGGGUGCCCCGGAGAGGAGAAUUGUUAUCUGGAAUUGGUUUCGUGGAACCCCGAGUUUGCGAAAUCAAUGAUUGAGAGGAGGGCAGAAGAGGAGUCGAAUUUGACAGGGAUUCGGGUUCGGCCGAAUUUUGACUAUAGGCUGCCAUCAGGGUUUUUCUUGAAGAAGGAAAUGAGAGAGUGGGUUAGGGAUUGGGUGGAAAUGGAUUAUAUUUCUCCGUAUGAAGAUGCGUCGAAAUUGGAUCAAGCUUCGCGGGAAAUGGAGAAGAGGACCGUUGGAGUUUUUCAUGAACUGUUAUCGUUGUCUUUUAAGAGGAUUCCUGUGCCGAUAUUGGGGAAAUUUAGUGAUGAGUAUAGGUUUUCGAAUGCGUUCUCGAAUGUGUGCACAAGGCAUGCUGGGAUAUUCUAUCUGUCGUUGAAGGGAGGGAUUAAGACGGCGGUGCUGAGGGAAGCGUACAAGGAUGAUCAGUUGAUUGACCGAGAUCCACUGCUUGAGAUAAAGGACAAGUUUGCGGAGCUAUUGGAGGAGGGAUGGAGGGAGAGAUGAGAGCAUUUGGGGUUGCAAAGGGAAGAGGUUGAGAAGAACAAGGAAAUAAUGGCUAUGAGGAACGAAGAAUAGGACAAGUGCAUGGUU